GGUACUGGGAACCGAGCGGCAGGCAGUCCCCGCAGGUUUGUGAAAGAGGUCGGUGGCCGCAGCGGACGCCAGUCAGUUUUGAGGAAAAAAAAUCACUUCUCGCUGUACUGGAUAGCAAAAAUUAAGUGACUUCCUCUACUGUGAACCAUGGCGCUGUCAUUCCGGAAGGACUUAGAAAAAUACAAGGACCUGGAUGAAGAUGAACUCCUUGGGAAUCUGUCAGAAAUAGAACUGAAACAGCUGGAAACUGUUCUGGAUGAUCUUGACCCUGAGAACGCCCUUCUGCCUGCAGGGUUCCGGCAGAAGAACCAGACAUCAAAGUCUGCCACAGGGCCAUUUGAUCGAGAACACCUCCUUUCAUAUCUGGAGAAGGAAGCUUUGGAGCAUAAGGACAGGGAAGACUAUGUGCCCUACACUGGAGAAAAAAAAGGGAAAAUAUUUAUCCCCAAACAGAAACCUGUACAGACUUUUACAGAAGAAAAAGUAUCUCUUGAUCCAGAACUAGAAGAAGCUUUGACAAGUGCUUCUGAUACAGAAUUGUGUGACCUCGCAGCUAUUCUUGGGAUGCACAAUUUGAUAACAAAUACACAGUUCUGCAACAUAGUGGGAAGUAGUAAUGGUGUCGACCAAGAACAUUUUUCAAAUGUGGUAAAAGGGGAAAAGAUUCUUCCAGUAUUCGAUGAGCCCCCAAAUCCAACCAAUGUUGAAGAAAGUUUAAAGAGGAUUAAAGAAAAUGAUGCUUGUCUUGUUGAAGUUAAUUUGAAUAAUAUAAAGAAUAUCCCAAUUCCAACCCUGAAAGAUUUUGCGAAGGCUUUGGAAACCAACACACAUGUGAAAUAUUUCAGUCUUGCAGCCACCCGAAGCAAUGACCCUGUUGCUAUUGCUUUUGCAGAUAUGCUAAGAGUGAACAAAAAUUUGAAGAGCUUAAAUAUGGAAUCCAACUUUAUUACAGGAGUUGGGAUUCUAGCACUGAUUGAUGCUUUGAAAGAGAAUGAAACCCUGAUGGAGCUGAAAAUUGACAACCAGAGGCAGCAGCUGGGGACAGCUGUAGAAUUGGAAAUGGCCAACAUGCUUGAGGAAAAUACCAAUAUCCUUAAAUUUGGAUAUCAGUUUACUCAGCAAGGACCCCGAACCAGGGCAGCUAAUGCAAUAACAAAAAACAAUGACUUAGUUCGCAAGAGACGAGUUGAAGGAGACCACCAGUAA